AAGAUGCUAUUUAGAGCCCGUAUUGCUUACACUAGCAAGAGGCUAUGAAUUCCAAGUCUUCUCUUCAACCGUCUCAAGAUGCAAAUCUUUGUGAAAACUCUCACCGGCAAAACAAUAACCCUCGAGGUUGAGAGCUCUGAUACUAUUGACAAUGUGAAGGCCAAAAUUCAAGAUAAAGAAGGGAUCCCACCGGACCAGCAAAGGCUUAUCUUCGCUGGAAAGCAGCUUGAGGAUGGCCGAACCCUCGCUGACUAUAACAUUCAAAAAGAAUCAACCCUCCAUUUGGUGCUCCGUUUACGGGGUGGAAUGCAAAUAUUCGUGAAAACCCUCACUGGAAAGACCAUCACCUUAGAGGUGGAAAGCUCUGAUACCAUCGAUAAUGUGAAGGCAAAGAUCCAAGAUAAAGAGGGUAUCCCCCCUGACCAGCAAAGACUGAUUUUCGCUGGUAAACAACUUGAAGACGGCCGCACUCUGGCGGACUACAAUAUUCAGAAGGAAUCAACAUUGCAUUUGGUGCUCCGUCUUCGUGGUGGAAUGCAAAUUUUUGUCAAAACGCUUACCGGGAAGACGAUUACACUGGAGGUUGAAAGCUCUGACACAAUCGACAAUGUCAAAGCUAAGAUUCAAGACAAGGAAGGUAUUCCUCCCGAUCAGCAAAGGUUGAUCUUCGCAGGCAAGCAGCUCGAAGAUGGACGAACGCUAGCUGAUUACAACAUUCAAAAGGAAUCCACUCUUCACCUUGUGCUCCGUCUUCGCGGUGGAAUGCAAAUUUUUGUGAAGACCUUAACUGGUAAAACAAUCACUUUGGAAGUUGAGAGUUCAGAUACCAUUGAUAACGUUAAGGCUAAGAUUCAAGAUAAAGAGGGGAUUCCACCAGAUCAGCAGAGGUUAAUUUUCGCUGGAAAGCAAUUGGAGGAUGGACGUACAUUGGCUGAUUACAACGUUCAAAAGGAGUCCACUCUCCAUCUUGUCCUUCGCCUUCGUGGUGGUCUUCAAAAUUGAUCGAUUCUGCAUUUGGUACUUUUUUUUUCCUUAAUCGUUGUAUAGUUCUGUAUGGCCCGUCUGCGUGUAUUCUAGUCUUUCUUAUGUUGUUCUAGAACCCAUUUGACUAAUAAAUAAUGCGUUCCAUCUG